AUGUAUUGCUCUCUUAAAUGGUAUCUUUUACUAAUCGGGUGUUUGUAUUGGGUGACUCAAACACGUGGACACGAGGAUCAUUUAUCGUGCGGCAGACGCAAAGUGAAAACAAAUUACCUGAUUCACAAUGGCGCCAAUGCCAUUGCAGGUCACUGGCCGUGGCAUGCGGCUAUCUUCCAUCGUAAAGGCGAGCAGAAUGAAUACGCGUGCGGUGGCUCCAUCCUUGACGAAACAACUAUUCUGACGGCAUCGCAUUGCGUGUACACUCUAAGCGGCGCCAUCUCGGCAGCUCUUGUGACCGUGCACGUGGGACAAAUCCACCUGAAUCAGACCAGCGAAUACACACAGACGUUCGAUGUGCGUGAGAUAGUCAAACAUCCUGGUUUCAGCAAAGCCAGUAUCAUCCACGACAUAGCUUUGAUCAAGCUCAGGACCAACAUCAGCAUGAACAGGUACGUGCAGCCUGUCUGUCUGUGGACAAUGGACAGUGCGCUGGAGUUGAUCGUGGGCAAAAACGGAACGAUCGUUGGAUUUGGGCUGAGCGAACGGGAUGUUGUGUCGGAGCAGCUCAAGCAAGCCACGAUUGGAGUGGUGGAUCCUUACACGUGCAUUGCAAGUGAUCGGGUCGUGUACGGAACGCAUCUAACGUUGGACAUGUUCUGCGGCAAAGGACAGAACGGUGUGAGUGCGUGCAAUGGAGAUAGCGGCGGAGGCAUGUUCUUCGAGGUCAGCGGUCGGUGGUUCGUGCGCGGCUUGGUGUCGUUCACUCCAGCGCGGGGAAGCAGCGGACUGUGCGAUCCGCUCAAGUACACCGUCUACACCGACGUGGCCCAGUACGUGGAAUGGAUUAAGCAGUACGUCGAUCAGCGUGUCCUACCGGUUGAGAGUGAAGUGCUGGAAGUGGACUACGAAGAAAAGCUGCGGCUGUUCAACUUUGACACCUGUGGUGUGAAAUCUUCUAUUGAAGUCUUCGAAGAUGAAUACAAUUUGACUCUACCAUGGUUGGGGAAAGUCUUUAUGCCGAAUGUAACUGUAAGGUGUGUUGUUACACUGAUCAGUGAUUGGUAUGCUGUCGGGCCAGCACAUUGCUUCGAUACAGUCGGUGUCACUCCUUACGUUUGGCUAGGCACUGUCGGCGAUAACAAUGAAGCAAUAUGCUACGAUGGAUAUAAAUAUACAAAGUGUAACGUUUUUGGACAAAUCCGGAAAAUUCAGAGGGUCAUUGUACAUCCAAGGUAUGGCAAAAAUAAUUCGACAGACAAUAUCGCGCUAAUCGAGCUGCUGAGCCCAGCAGAUACCAGCCAGCCGAACGUGCAGCCUAUCUGCAUGCCGGUAACACCCGAGCUUAGAUCGAACGCGAAGACCAAUUUAUACGUGGCAACAAGCGGUUGGUUUGAUGAUUUUAUUAACCUGCCCGUCCGGUAUUUGGAGUCCGAUGAGUGCACGAGACAGUACGCUGAAAAAAACAUUGUGCUGAAUGCGGAACAUAAACAACUGUGCGCCGUAAUGAACAGCUGGGAGGACGAAAUAAGUUGCGAAACACUGACAAGCGGUGCACCGCUCCAAGAAAUGAAGAUGUUUGGUGGUAAGGAGCAAUACUUUCUUCGGGGAUUUGAGCUGGCUGGACAGGCCUGCCGUUCACAUACACCACCAAUUUACCAAAAUAUCGAAGCAUAUGUCGAUUGGAUAGUGUACAACAUGAGGUACAACGUGCUAGAAGAGACAGAUGGUAUAGAUGCUGAAAUAACUCAGCAAACACUCGAGUCGGAGUGGAGCAAGUUACAGCAACAGCCAGGAAAUGAAAAAUUGCGUCUGUUCAAUAUGGAUCAAUGUGGCUUAAUCAGCCCCGAUAGCAAUAGCACGGUAGAUGCAACAUUCACACCAUGGGUUGGAGUCCUCAGCACGAUAACAAGAGAUAAUUUUAAAGAUGUAUGCAGGACUGAAACAGUCGUGCUCAUCAGCGAAUGGUACGCCUUGACGCCGAAAAACAAUGUGAAGAACAAUACUAUUGGGUCAUUUCUGACCCUAGGAAAGGCUACACCUGAACACAAAACGCAGGACGUGGAAAUCAAGAACAUAAUUCUUCCUCCGCCCGAUCAUCCUAGGCAGCUGUUUGCACUGAUAGAGCUGCUCGAGCCAGCAGAUCUGACAAAUCCUUACAUCAAGCCGAUCUGUUUGCCCUUCAUAGACGGGCUGCAUCGUAACACACCUGCGGAGGUGAUUUUAUCAUCCAAAACGGACUUUUCAUUCAAAAUGAAAAAGCUAAAGGGUACCGAUUAUCACAAUUGCCAGCAACGACUGUUUCAGAUAGGUCAGCCUAUUGCCUUCCACACAGAGCCUUCAUGUGCAGUGGAGGAUUUCGAAAGUUUAGAUCAAACGGCACUGUUUUCCGAUGUGGGCAGUCAGUUUCUAGUCACGGUACCGUGCGACCAAGGUCUGCGGUAUUUUCUGCACGGCAUGCAUGUCGAUGAGUCAUCCAUUCUCUUGCGCCUAUCCCACGGUCCGUACAUAUUUCACAAGAUUGAGCGGACAGAUCUUGCAUGGAUUCUGGAGAGCGUGCGAGAAAAUGAACGACAAUCUUCGUAUCCCAGCUUGAUACGCAAUGAACGAGUACAAGUGAAGCCAGUUGAAUUUCAUGCCGCUGGGAGCGCUUUGUUUAACUUUGAAACCUGCGGCGUAUCGUCGGACAGCUAUCUAAUGCCAUGGCUGGGAGAAAUCUUCUCCCAAAGUAACUACUACGGAAAAGUGAUACUUAUAAGCGAUCGAAUCGAUGUCUACAACAUCUUUAGUAGUAGUAGUAGCAGUAUAGUAUAG